AUGGAAAUUAAUAGUGAUAGUGAGGUUAAUGCUAGGCAAGUUAAGGCAACUCCACAUGUACCAUUAUUUUCUCCGUCUAAUGUAAUUGAUCUUGAUGACAAUGAGAUUAACCAUGAAGAGUCUUCCAAACCAACUACCAAAAAACAAAAGGCCCUUACGUCUGAAAUGUGGAAACAUUUUUUAAAGGUUGGGACUGUGGAUGGUAAAGAGAAAUGUAAAUGUAAGGGUUGUGGAAGAUUCUUGAGUUGUGCUGCUACUAAUGGAACUUCUCAUUUGACUCGUCAUUUGCAAAAUAAGAUUUUAGCAUUUGCUCACAUGACACCUCCACAUAUCGGUCGAGAAUUAGCCUUGAAGGUGAUGGAAAUGUUAAGUGAUUGGGGUAUAGAGAAGAAAGUUUUUUCUAUCACUUUGGACAAUGCCUCUGCAAAUGAUAGCAUGCAAAGAUUCUUGAAAGAACACUUAGAAUUAUCUAAUAGCUUGUUAUUUAAGGGAAAGUUAUUUCAUAUUCGUUGUUGUGCGCAUAUUUUGAAUCUCAUUGUUCAAGAUAAAUUGAAGGUAGUUGGUGAUGCAUUGCAUAAAAUUAGACAAAGCGUGGCUUAUGUAAAGGUAACCGAAAGUAGAACACUACAAUUUCAUGAAUGUGUUAGUAAUGUUGGUGAGAUUGAUACUACAAUUGGAUUAAGAUCCGAUUGUGUUUGUAGAUUGAACUCCACUUUUAUAAUGCUUAAGAGUGCGAUCAAUUAUCGUCGUGCCUUUUAUAACUUAAGUUUGCGAGAUUUAAAUUUCAAGUGUUGUCCUUCAAGUGAAGAGUGGGAAAGAUCCAAAAUAAUGUGUGAUCUUUUGAAGUCAUUCUACAACAUUACUAAAUUGAUCUCCGAAUAUUCUUAUCCUACUUCUAAUUUGCACUUUGGAGAAAUAUGGAAGAUUGAGUGUCUUUUGAAUUCCUAUUUGAUAAGUAAAGAUUCUUUGAUUCAAGACAUGGCUAAAAAGAUGAGGGAAAAGUUUGACAAGUAUUGGAGUGAGUAUAAUAUUAUCUUGGCUUUUGGUGCUAUUCUUGAUCCAACAAAAAAAUUCAACCUUUUGAAUUUUGCAUAUACAAAAAUUGAUGAGAACACUAGUGAACUCAAGUGCAAAAAGAUUAAGGCUGAGUUGUAUGAGCUUUAUGCGAAAUAUGUCAAACACGGGAAUUCUCCUAAUCCUAACUUUUCACAAGUGAUACCUACUUUUGGAGGAGUAAAAGAUUCUUUGGCAUCCUCGUUAUAUAUUUGUGAAGAAUUUGAAGAGCAUGAAAGUCAAGCAAGUAACGAUACUGGAAAAUUUGAACUUGAUGCUUAUUUAGAUGAACAAAGGUUGCCUCUAUCAGUUAGUUUUGAUAUAUUGACUUAUUGGAGAGAAAAGAGUCAUAGAUGUCCCAAUCUUGCAAGAAUGACUUGUGAUAUAUUGAGUAUUCCAAUAACUACAGUGGCUUCUAAAUCUUCUUUUAGAAUUGGCUCUCGAGUUUUAAACAAGUAUAGAAGUUCAAUGAAAGAGGAAUCCGUUCAAGCUCUCAUGUGCACACGAAAAUUUGAUAAUGACAUUAAUGUUAAUCAAGAUGUUGGAUUUAGAAGUGGACAAGCAUCCAACACAUUUGAGCAUUCGAAUGCCGUUGAAGGAAACUCAAGUGACAUUGCGAGUCGAGUCAAAAUUUGA